AUUGUUACCGUACGGUACAUGACGACUGGAGACGAGGUUGCGAUCGUUGAUAAGCCACGUAUAAUUCUCUAUUGUUGAAACAUGGCAGCCUCCGUGCGAAGAACGCGAAUGCCCAUCGUCUGCUUAUUGUUGUUAAUUCUCGCCGUUUACAACAACGCCCAUGGUCAUCAUGAAACAGAAAGUGGACACAGCCAUGAGCAUUCCCACGCUGAAGCAGCUGGAGCAAAAUCUUAUGAGGGAAAUGUCUGGACAGAUGCAAUAGGUGCCACAGUUUUGAUCUCUGCAGCACCGUUCGUGAUCCUUUUUCUCAUCCCGCUGGACAAGGGGCGCGAGGGACAGGAGUCGCUGUUGAAAGUGCUGCUCAGCUUCGCAUCCGGUGGAUUGCUUGGUGACGCGUUUCUGCAUUUGAUCCCGCAUUCGCUUUCUCCGCACAGUCAUGGCGAUCAUGGACAUGAUCACGGGCACGAUCACGGACAUGAGCACAGUCAUGAUCACGGCCAUAGCCAUGGUCAUGAUCAUGACCACUCUGGACCAAUGCUUGUUGGCUUCUGGGUGUUAGUUGGAAUUCUCUUAUUUCUGCUGGUGGAGAAGUUUGUUCGCCUUGUGAAGGGUGAUGGGGCCCAUUCCCACAGCCAGGGGAAACCAAAGAAAGCACAAAUUGAGGAUGAAGGACCAGCACGGGAGGAAGAAACCAAUGGAAGUUCUUCGCAAGUACGACGCAGGAUAGCUGGGAAGCAAGAAGAGGCUGAAAAAGAUAAAAAGAGCGUUGAACCAGAAGAAGACCCUCCUAUUAAAGUUUCUGCCUACCUCAACCUCGUGGCCGAUUGCACGCACAACUUCACCGACGGCCUGGCCAUUGGGGCUUCGUUCCUAGCGGGUCGCAAUGUCGGCAUCGUGACCACCAUCACCAUUCUUCUUCAUGAAGUCCCGCAUGAGAUAGGAGAUUUUGCCAUCCUUGUGCAGUCUGGAUGCAACAAGAGAAAGGCAAUGUACCUGCAGCUCUUGACAGCCGUUGGAGCCCUGGCAGGCUGCACCUGUGCUCUCCUGGCCGAAGGUGCAGGGGACGCCACCUCCGUCUGGGUCCUCCCUAUCACCGCUGGGGGCUUCAUCUACAUCGCUACCGUUACCGUCAUCCCAGAACUCCUCGAAGACACCACCCUGAAACAGAGCAUCAUGGAGAUCGCUGGUCUCUUGGCCGGGGUGGGACUCAUGUAUCUUAUAGCUUUGUAUGAAUAGGUAGGUAGGUUCUAAUUUCUUGCCAAUUGAUUGUAAUUCUUGUCUAUUCUUUUUUUUUAAAAGUUUCUCUUAAUGUAGCAUAGCUAUUUCUAAUACAGGCACAAAUUCAGCCAGAUAAGACACAAUAGUUUUGAGAGGCAGAGUAUCGUGCAAAAACAGUAUGGCUCCUAUGUGUCUAAUCCGGCUGGAUCUGCACCAGUUCUAAUGAUAAGUAGUCUCUCCUUUUGAGUCUCUUUGUCCUCUAUGUAAUUUCAUUCAUUUUGUGAUUAAUCAAUUUAUAGCACAAAGUUGUGAUCUGAAUAAAAGUUGAUCAACUGUCGAUGUAGAUGAAGGAACAUAUGUUUUAAAUAUCACAUAUCUAAUAACUAACUCUAAGCAGACAUGAGGUUGAUUUAAUUAACCUGCCUAUAUUGCACCAGACUUGUGGUUAGCAUUGUAAUGGUUAAACUAAUAUUUUUUGUUUUGUUUUUCGAAGAGUUCUCUUUUUUUCUAAAGAUUGAUUAUUUGUCAGUUGAAAUCUGAACUAAAAUGUAUAUCAUACUUGGAUUGUGAAAUGUGCAAACAAUGUGAAAACAAGUAUGUUGUAUGUACGUGAUCAUGUAUAUUUCACAAGUUUCUUUAUGUGCAUCGAGUGUUGACAUUGCUCUACUCUAUAUGGUGAUGUUGCAGAAGCAGGCAUUUUACUAUAUACCAUGAUUUAGUGUACAUGUAUUGCACUUGUAAUGUAAAAUUCAAUUUCAUUUGUGGAUGAUAGGCAGCACAAUGUCUCUUGCUAUGUGCCUUUGCAAGACGUGCAAUUGUUGUAUUUUAAUUGAUUCCAAACAGAUUUAUAUAUCUUAAACUUUCAGAUACCAUACAGGUUCAUAUUUUUCUUUGCAUUGGACAAUAUUCCCAGUUAUGUUUUAUGCCUUGUCAUUUCAAGUAAUGAGACCUUCAAACGUGACUUGAAGGCCACGAAGAUGGGCAAAACAAGAAAAAAAGUGUGUUUAAUUAUUCCUGUACGAAAACUUUUGAAGGUGACAAGAUAUUAUUUUUUUUAAACACAAAAUCUUGAUAGUGGGACUAGUAACACAUAGAUGUACAUUCAAGAUUUCAAGAUUUAUUAAAACAUAUGAUCGCAGCUUGUUAAGCUGAAUUGACAAAUGUUUUACAAAAGAGCAUAAAAAAUAUACAUAAAAUCAACAAAAAGGUAAUGUUACAAAAGAGUCAAGAAAUUACAAAAACAAUUACGGUAUAAUCAUGAUAAUAAUGAAGUGAUCUUAGUUUUGGAAAGCUUUGAAAAAAGUACAUAUUUUGGAAAAAAAAUUCACUAAAUAUAAAAUUAUUGUGAUGUAAUAUGGGUUUAAAGAAGAAUUGAAAGGAAAUUUGUUGUAACGGCUUUAACUUAUUUUUCUUCUUUAAUAUCAUGUAUAUUAGUAUUUUCAUUAUAUUUCUAAUGAAUAAUUGUGAAAUCAGAGGUUUGGAAGAUCUAUUUUAAUGAGGGGGGAUUCAAAAUUUGAAAUACCGGUACUGAUUUUUAUUUAGAGGAAUGUAAAUUAUUUACAUUGUACUCCUUCAAUUUCAUUUGAAGAGAAAGAAAAUGUACAUUUUAACCGAGUUGUUAGAUGCAUUGUGAACAUGGCGAUGUUUUGUAGGUUUUUUUUUUGUUUCUCUGUAACUUUCUGAAGGCAUGCGUAUAAUUCAUUGAAAUUUGUCGACAUUGUUUAAGUUUAUUCUGCUCUUUCUUCAUGCAUUCAUGGUGAAGAAAACAACUUCCUUUUAUUCAUACUUGACAUUUAUGAAUGAUUUGAGUGUCAAAUAAUCGACCUUGUACAGCUUGAGAUUCUUGUCACAGUUGGCUCUCCAUAGUUAAACCACAACUUUAGACCAGAGUUUAAAUUAAAUCAGAGUUCAGAAUAUGGGUCAUUGAAAACUGAAUUUUGGUAAAUGUCAUUUGCUUCCUUUUGUCAAAGUAAAGCAUCUUUGUACUCUGCAAUUUUGAAUGUAGAAUAUGUGACAUUUUGGGCAACUAACUUUUGUGAUAGAUUUCUUUUUUAAAGCACAUGAUGGUGGUAAUGUAAAUAGGAGCAAAUUUUCAGUGCUUCAAUUUACUCCAUACUCGUGCAUACAGUGAUCACAUUUGAGACUAGUGGCAACUCUAAAUCUUUUUAUAUGCUUUUCUUGUCUCAUCAAUCUUCAGACUGUGUAAUUUGAAUGUAGUUUGGUCAUGAAAAUCAAUGGAAAUAAUGAAAAAGUGAAAUGCACAUGCGCUUCUAAAGACGUGUUUCUUUGAAAGAUCUACUUGCAUGAUGAUGCAUCAUUUAUAAUGGGAUUCCGGCCAGUCAUUUUUGUACACAAGAUGUUGGAUUUUCCACUAACCCAAUUUUAGAAUUCAAUGAGUAGAUUCAUGCUAUGACUUGUGAUAUUUGCGUUCCUAUUGUUUACAUCGUAGUACAAAUACGUUCUUUGAUUAUUGCAGUACUUGCUAUUAGAAGUACUUUUGAUUUUGUGUAUUUAAUUUUUUUCCCCAUAGUUGUCUGUCAUACAGAGCUGCCAAAUUAAGAGUUUACAUUCAUUUAAGAAUUAAGAGGAACUUCUUCAUUUUUGUCUCACCUGCAUAGCAGAGUGAGACUAUAGGCGCCGCUUUUCCGACGGCGACGGCGGCGUCAACACCAAAUCUUAACCUGAGGUUAAGUUUUUGAAAUGACAGCAUAACUUAGAAAGUAUAUGGACCUAGUUCAUGAAACUUGGCCAUAAGGUUAAUCAAGUAUUACUGAACAUCCUGCCUGAGUUUCAUGUCACAUGACCAAGGUCAAAGGUCAUUUAGGGUCAAUGAACUUAGACCAUGUUGGGGGAAUCAACAUCAAAAUCUUAACCUAAGGUUUAGUUUUUGAAAUGUCAUCAUAACUUAGAAAAUAUAUGGACCUAGUUCAUGAAACUUAUACAUAAGGUUAAUCAAGUAUCACUGAACAUCCUGCAUGAGUUUCACAUCACAUGACCAAGGUCAAAGGUCAUUUAGGGUCAAUGAACUUUGGCCGAAUUGGGGGUAUCUGUUGAAUUACCAUCAUAACUUUGAAAGUUUAUGGAUCUGAUUCAUGAAACUUGGACAUAAUAGUAAUCAAGUAUUACUAAACAUCCUGUGCAAGUUUCAGGUCAUAUGAUCAAGGUCAAAGGUCAUUUAGGGUCAAUGAACUUUGGCCAAAUUGGGGUAUUUGUUGAAUUACAGCCAUAAAUUUGAAAGUGUGUUGGUCUAGUUCAUAAAACUUGGACAUAAUAGUAAUCAAGUAUCACUGAACAUCCUGUGCGAGUUUCAGGUCACAUGAUCAAGGUCAAAGGUCAUGUAAGGUCAAAGAACUUUGGCCACGUUGGGGGUAUUUGUUGAAUUGCCAUCAUAUCUCUAUAAGUGUAUUGGUCUAGUUCAUAAAACGUGGAAAUAAGAGUAACCAAGUAUCACUGAACAUCUUGUGCGAGUUAUAGUAGUUUUCAAAAUCAGCACUGCUGCUAUAUUGAAUCGCGUGAUGCAGGUGAGACGGCCAGAGGCAUUCCACUUGUUCGUUUUAUGAUUCAAAUACAUUUUAAAAAUUUAAUAAUGGCGGAAUGACAACUUUUUUAGUCAGAAAUCACAAUUUGAAUUCAAUGAACAGUUAAAGUUGGUGGCUUUGUCAUGUGGUAAUUGCUUGUUGUGUUUUCAUUCAAUACUGUGUUUAUUUAGUCCAUUUCUUUCUCUAUUUUUGUCUGACUUGUGUGAUCGUGUUGCGUCCUUGAUAUAACAGAGGUGCAUAUAAUUAUGUUUGGUAAUAACUGGAAUGCACUGUUUGCGAUACUGUAAUGGAGCUAUCAAAAUUAUUAAAAUAGUCUGGUAAUUGUAA